AUGGACGCCACGUGCAGCCCGCACACUCCAGCUGGUCAAGGAAACAGCACGUUCAACCUGCUUAACCUUCCUCCAGAACUUAUCCAAAAGGUUAUUGACCACGCUGUCUUCGAUGAGGCUGGAAUCAUGAACUUCGCCCUAACAUCAACCCGGUUCUUCUACAUAAUACAAGAGCGUGUUAUGAAAACACGAUAUCCAGACCCUCCUCGUCGACCAUCUUUCAAUUCUCAGGACUUGGAGGCGAUUCAGAAGACUGUCGACUCCUCAGUUUCGCCGCUUAAUACCGCCUGGAAAAUGGAUCGCACCUACGAUGAUCCGUGUCUGAAAAAUUUACGAUACUCUCGACGUCAAACCCCGCUAGUACGCCUUAUAGAACAUUAUCUCCCAGUCAAUCUCGGUGGCCAUUAUGUGGAUGGUAUCUCAAUGGAAGCGACUUAUCAUACCAUAGAAUGGAUGCUCGAUAAGGGCGCUGAUGUCAACAUGGAUUCGCAUCCUAGAUGGUAUCAGGGUCCUUUUGUAAGCGCUAAUGCGAUACCUGGGCCACAUCACCCUCCCUCUAAGCCUCCUCUACACCAUUUAUUAUCGCAACUUCUAAUCAAGGGGAUAGACCACAAUAGAAUUAAUGCUGUGGUUAAACUCGUCUCAUUUCUUUGCAAUAGAGGAGCCGUGAUCCCUGCAGAUCUACAUCGUUACACACAAACCCUUUGGAGAGAAAGCCUACCUGGACUCAUCGAUGCUCCGCCAGGGAUGUUUUCAAUGGCCUUUCUUGCUCGCUUUCCGCCCUCUAUCCUAGAGUCUUUUCUUACCCAAUUCAGUCGUCGAAAUUUCAAUUGGACCUCUCGAAGUCACCAGAGGCCUAAACAGUUGGAUGGUUGGUGGGACGAUGGGAAACUAUCCUAUCUCGGUCAUCAUUGGAGGUUUGAAACUUCUCCUGUGUCAAUUGUGGAGGUUACAUUCAAUAACUUUUUUCAUCCCGAUCUUUAUUACCAAGAUGUCGAGACGUUGGAUGAGAAAGUCAAACUGCUGAUUAAGUUCAAGGCUAUUGACGAAAUGGAGCAAAAAGCGUUUCGUCAACUCGUCGGUGCGGCCCGGGAAAUUGAUGUUCUACGCAAGCAGGCUGGUGGGCUAACCUUUGAACAGCAUGGUAUGGUCUGUUGGUAUAAACUAAGCCGGUUUAUAACUACCUUAGCUGAGCAGAUCUCUAAGCAGGAGAAGCGGGACAAGGAAUACGCAGAAGGUUACAGAUUCCAUGCCUUUACACCUCAGGUCAGAGACAGUGAUAUUGUUUUUCAUUGGAUUUCCCAGACAUAUCACGAGAUAUUUCGAAAGGUGUUUAGCCAGCACGAGCUCACAUACUACGCAGACGAUGCCAUCCAAAGCACAAUCUUUGCCAACGACCCUACCAAGCUCCAACUAGUCAGAGAUUCGGAGACGUUGCGGCAAGCAUUGCGAGAUGAUGAGAAGAUCGCACGUGAUCAAGUAUUACUUGGCUUCAGGGGUAUCUCUCAGAACUGUGACGCGGAAUUUUGGACGGAGUCUACAAGAAAUCUAACGGCUUGGUACAAGAGCUAUUGUCAAAACAACGAGAUUUAG